GGCGGGCGGGGCGGGGCCUCGUCCGGAAGAUGGCGCUGCGUGUGCUGCGGAGCGCUGUACUCGGAGCUGCUGCUGCGCUGCCCAGGCUGAAGACAUCUCUAGUGGCCAGUGUCUGUAGGCCUAGAUACAACUCCUUGUCUAAUCACAAGUAUACCCCUCGGCGGGCAGUGCUCUACGUGCCUGGCAAUGACGAAAAGAAAAUAAAGAAGAUUCCAUCUCUGAAAGUAGACUGUGCUGUGCUGGACUGUGAGGAUGGUGUGGCUGAGAACAAAAAGAAUGAAGCUCGUUUGAGAAUAGUAAAAACUCUUGAAGACUUUGACCUUGGUCCAACGGAAAAGUGUGUGAGAAUCAAUUCAGUGUCCAGUGGUCUGGCUGAAGCUGACUUAGAGACAAUUCUGCAGUCUAGAGUCCUUCCCUCUAGCCUGAUGCUACCAAAGGUGGAAGGUCCUGAAGAAAUCCAGUGGUUUUCAGACAAAUUUUCAUUCCAUUUAAAAGGCCGAAAACUAGAACAACCAAUGAAUUUAAUCCCCUUUGUGGAAACUGCAAUGGGUUUGCUCAAUUUUAAGGCAGUGUGUGAAGAAACACUAAAGCUCGGGCCUCAUGUGGGCCUUUUUCUAGAUGCAGUCGUUUUUGGAGGAGAAGAUUUUCGGGCCAGCAUAGGAGCAACAAGUAGGCCAGAGACCCAAGACAUUCUCUACGCCCGACAGAAGAUUGUUGUUAUAGCAAAGGCCUUUGGCCUGCAAGCCAUAGACCUGGUGUACAUCGACUUCCGGGAUGCUGAUGGGCUUCUCAGACAGUCGAGAGAAGCAGCCGCCAUGGGCUUCACCGGUAAGCAGGUGAUCCACCCUAACCAAAUUGCAGUGGUCCAAGAGCAAUUUACUCCCACUCCAGAAAAGAUUCAGUGGGCCGAAGAACUGAUUGCCGCCUUUAAGCAGCAUCAGCAGUUAGGAAAGGGAGCCUUUACUUUCCAAGGAAGUAUGAUUGACAUGCCGUUGCUGAAGCAGGCCCAGAACAUUGUUACGCUUGCCACAUCCAUCAAGGAAAAAUGAUCUGUUAAAUGAAGCUCUCAUCGGGCGGGCUGAAUGGAUACAGUGGGUUUCUUAAAGACAAACUGCUGUACUCAAGGCAGCUUGUUAGCAUGCCAGAUCAGGAUCUCAUCCAUUUACAGUUCACGGUCCCUUCCUUAAGACUUUUUUUUUUUCCCCCUUGUCUUACUGACCAGUUAUUCUUCUAAAAAUAAACUUUCCUCCUUUGGGGUACGAGCUUA